AUGAGUGACACGACCUCGACACCCCACAAGAAAAAUUCGUCGCACAGGGGGGUGCAUCGCGCUGGAGGUGGUACAGCAGACCAAACCCCGCCUCAAAGCCAAGCCGAGAUGAUGGAGUAUUGUCAAGAUGAGAUCGCGCACAACACUUGGCAAUUCGAGGCGUCCAGUAUCUCGCACAUGCUCUCUCCAAAGUCGUUGAAGAACAACGUCCCACCAGAAGAUAUUAGGUGCUUCGAGGACGCACAGAAGCAUUGCAAGUUUUUGGUUGACGCUCCCUUCUUUGAGCCUGCACUUGAAACUGCUGUCAAAUCUCUUUCUCCCUCCGAAUGGCCUUCUAGUGACGCCGAGAGGGAUUACUACACGCCUCUCGCCAAUUUUCUGAAUGAUUGCAUCCAAAAAUGCAACAACGCCCUAAACGCUCAGAAAUCUGACAGAGGCGUUCCCGAAUUUGCCCGUCGACUGUACGGCAAGCUCAAAUUUGCUGUGUACGACAGACCUAUGCUGGAUGGUAUAGACGGUGCAGCAGCCGUGAAGCCUAAUUUAGGAAGUAGCCGGAAUUUGCAAGAGGGAGUAAAGUUGUCUUGGGGUGCUGUGGAAGCUAAAGGUGUCCGGCAAAUGGAUGUUCCAGGCGAAGUAAAACUCCUGUGGAGCCAGUUGUUGGCGCAAGCGGCUGUGUACGCACGUUACUUGUUCAGUGCGAGCCCAACUCGUACAUGGUCGCUCGUCCUGGGAUUCAAUCAAAAAGAAAAAAAUCUACGAUUUCUCAUUUUCCAUCGUGGCGGUUGCACCGCGUCGACCGAUCUGAACCUUACCACCGAGCAAGGACGGAAAGAGGCAUGUCGAUUGAUCCUCACGAUGUUGUUGUGGACUGAGGAUUACCACGCUGGCUUUUGCUGCUUCUCCACCGACAAGGAGUAUGCGAUUCCUGGUCCCGAGAGAGACCCGACAUUGUUUUUGAAAGCUCGAGUGGAGAAAAAUCUACAUCACACGCUUGCUGUCUGUACUCGCGGAACUCUUGUCAGCAUUCUAUCGAAGUCCGCUAUUGACCCUACACCACUGCACCAUCUGCACCACCUACACUUGUACCUACCAAUCGGGCGCUGA